GGCUGGCCGGGGUGGCUUGGGGUGGGAGAAUGUGAGCUGUUACAUGAGCCCUGGAGGCUGCACCCCCAGCCCUGGGGGGAACUGCAGUCCCACCCCGUCCCUACGGAGAACUGUGGCACCAUGCGCAGGGACCAGAGGCCACUGUUCCUUCUGCCGCUGCUGGCUGUCUGCCUGGGGGCCGAGGGCCGGAACCAGGAGGAGCGUCUGCUCGGGGACCUGAUGCAAGGCUACAACCCCCACCUGAGACCCGCUGAGCACGAUUCGGACGUGGUCAACGUCAGCCUGAAGCUCACGCUCACCAACCUCAUCUCCCUGAAUGAGCGAGAGGAGGCCCUCACCACCAACGUCUGGAUAGAAAUGUGGUGUGACUACCGGCUUCGCUGGGACCCUCGAGACUACGGCGGCCUGUGGGUGCUGCGGGUGCCAUCCACCAUGGUGUGGCGGCCAGACAUCGUGCUAGAGAACAACGUGGACGGCGUGUUCGAGGUGGCCCUCUACUGCAACGUGCUCGUGUCUCCCGAUGGCUGUGUGUACUGGCUGCCGCCGGCCAUCUUCCGCUCCUCCUGCCCCGUCUCUGUCACCUUCUUCCCCUUCGACUGGCAGAACUGCUCCCUUAUCUUCCAGUCCCAGACCUACAGCACCAAUGAGAUCAAUUUGCAGCUGAGCCAGGAAGACGGUCAGACCAUCGAAUGGAUUUUCAUCGACCCUGAGGCCUUCACAGGUAAUGGCCAUCCAAGGUCCAAGCAGAACCUGGCUGUGGGGGCGGAGCCAGACCGAGACCUCGCCCCCUCCGGUGUCACUCAAGAAAAUGGGGAGUGGGCCAUCCGGCACCGGCCAGCCAAGAUGCUGCUGGACAAGGCGGCCCCAGCCGAGGAGGCAGGCCACCAGAAGAUCGUCUUCUACCUGCUCAUCCAGCGCAAGCCCCUCUUCUAUGUCAUCAACAUCAUCGCACCCUGUGUCCUCAUCUCCUCCGUAGCCAUCCUCAUCUACUUCCUUCCUGCCAAGGCGGGGGGCCAGAAGUGUACCGUCGCCAUCAAUGUGCUCCUGGCCCAGACCGUCUUCCUCUUCCUUGUGGCCAAGAAGGUGCCAGAGACCUCCCAGGCGGUGCCACUCAUCAGCAAGUACCUGACCUUCCUCCUGGUGGUCACCAUCCUCAUUGUCGUGAACGCUGUGGUCGUACUCAACGUGUCUUUGCGGUCCCCCCACACACACUCCAUGGCCCGAGGGGUCCGCAAGGUGUUCCUGCGGCUCUUGCCCCAGCUGUUGCGGAUGCAUGUUCGCCCACUGGCCCCAGUGGCUGUGCAGGAUGCCCACCCCCGUCUACAGAAUGGUUCCUCCUCAGAGUGGCCAAUCACAGCUGGGGAGGAGGUGGCCCUCUGCCUGCCCCGCAGUGAGCUCCUUUUCCGGCAGCGCCAGCGCAAUGGGCUGGUGAGGGCAGCGCUGGAGAAGCUUGAGAAAGGCCCAGAGUCAGGGCAGAGCCCAGAAUGGUGUGGCAGCCUGAAGCAGGCCGCCCCGGCCAUCCAGGCCUGCGUGGAGGCCUGCAACCUCAUUGCCCGUGCCCGGCACCAGCAGACUCACUUUGACAGUGGGAACAAGGAGUGGUUCCUGGUGGGCCGAGUGCUGGAUCGAGUCUGCUUCCUGGCCAUGCUCUCGCUCUUUGUCUGUGGCACUGCUGGCAUCUUCCUCAUGGCCCACUACAACCAAGUACCUGCCCUGCCUUUUCCUGGGGACCCCCGCUCCUAUCUGCCCUCAUCUGACUGAGC